AUGUUUGGCAUCCAGCCAAACAACCGGGAUGAAGUCAGCCAAUACGAAAUGGGACGAUACAUCAGCAGCAAUGAGGCAGUUUGGCGGAUUCUUGUCUUUCCCAUCCACGAGCGCCACCCAGCCGUCCAACAACUUGCUGUCCAUCUGGAAAACGGCCAGCGAGUAUACUUCACGCCUGCCACAGCACAGCAACAAGCCGAGUUUCCAAAGGAUACCGCCCUCACGGCAUUCUUUAAGCUGUGUCAGGAGGACGACUUUGCCAGAACGCUAUUAUAUAACCAGUUGCCGGCAUACUAUACGUGGAGCAAGAAGUGGGCCCGCAUGAAGAAAGGGGACUCUGUCGAGGGAUAUCCGGGUACACGGAAGGAUUGUGCACUUGGCAGAGUAUACACGAUCCACCCGAGCCAAGAGGAGUGCUUCUUCUUACGCAUGCUCCUGCACGAGGGCUGA